AUGACGCCAGUUGAGGAAUGGCUUACAGUUGGGCGGUUAGAUGCGUCUUUGGCGCUUCUGACCACCAAAAACCAUCAUGUCAUUGAAUUUCCCACGAUGCUGCUCCCAGACAACAUCAAGGCUGGCACCAUCGUCAAAAUUCAGGUAAGCGAAGAUCAAGAGCUGGAAAAACAAGAGUUGAAACAGUUUGAACUUUUGCAAGACGAGAUUUUGGAAAAAUACGGCACUCACAGACCCCAAACUCCCGUGCUGAGAAGCAUAAACGUCACACAAACAAGUGGGGUUCUAGGAUGGGAUCCCAUAGAGCUGGGAUCCUCUCAAUUGAAGUCUCUGGUACUUUACAAGGACGGUCUAAGGUCUUUGAUGAUACCCAACCCUUUCAAAACAACCGCUACGAAAAUUUCGGGGCUGUCGGUGGACAGUGAAUACACUUUCCAGCUCAAGCUCAGUACCACCUCUGGAGACCUUUGGUCUGAAAAAAUCGUCCUACAUACACAUAAAAUGACCGAUAUGUCAGGAAUCACAGCUUGUUUGGGUGCACUUGAGGGUGUUGAAAAUGUCACCAAAAGUCAUAUCGAGGCGUGCCUGCAGAACAUUGGGGCCAAACCCUUACAAUCCCGCGUCUCCAUCGACACCACACAUUUCAUUUCCAAUGACAAAGAAAGUGAUGAUGUCGAGUUUCAGAAAGCUCAGCAAAGCAAUAUACCCAUUGUGAGACCAGAGUGGGUGCGGGCUUGUGAACUGGAGAGAAGAAUCGUCGGUGUUCGAGGAUUUUAUCUAGACGCCGAUCCCAGCAAUAUCGAAGGCUAUAGGUUCACGAAGCUACCUUCGGAAACCUCGCAGCCACAUUCUAAUGACCAGCAGAAAAAUUCAUCCAUCCCAGAACAGCCUGAAGGUACUUCUGCUCAGGGAGAGCCUUCUCAGAGGGAUCUUUCAACGCAAUCAACUGGGAUGUCGAACGCUUCGAUUAAAAGCGGUCUAGAGGCCUCACCCUCUCAGACUGGCAAAUCAGAAGUCAUUGCGUCAGAUGUCUCAGAGACGCCGCUGCCCUCUGAUGUGGAAAAGCCACUACCAAUAGAGGAAACUACACCAGCAGAAGCACCAGAGAAUUUGGAUGCCGUCGAACAGGAACAAGGUUUGGAAUCGAAGGAUGCAACAGAAGAUACUGUGGAGAUAGAAGAGAAAGCUGAGAAGUCAAAUGACUACCAGACCGAAGUCAACGAGGCAGAAGACUCACUUGAAGGUUCUUCCAAACUUCCCGAAGAGCCUAAAUCGCUAAAUGUAGACUCAGAGUUGCAAAAUGGUGUAACAUCCGAUAAUACUCACCACGAUGAGGAAGUCGUAGGUGAAGGUGAAGUAACAACAGAUGAGCCAGCGGAAACCUCUGAGAUCAUCAAACAGGCAGAUGGACCUGAAGACGCACACAUCGCAGAGCAAGAAAGGGAGAAUGAAGCUACUAAGAUCACGAUAAAUGCUGAGACUUCACCUCAACCGCAGCCGGUCGAGGAAGAGAUAGUUACAGGACCGUCUGAGACGCUCCAAGCCGAGCCCUCUGUCGAACUUUCCGACGAAAAGGGCGAGUCGCGUGACGUUGAAGCUGCACAUAACAUCGAGCCAGAGGAGCCCGACAGUUUGCUGAAUACAAAUCAAGAGGGAAGCGUAACAGCAGCUGUCGAAUUCAAUGGGGCUUCAGAUCUGGAUCAAGAGGCAUCGAUUUCAAGCCCUGUCGAGCCACCUGCCGACAUCACUAGCGUUGAACCUCCUGCUACUGUGGUAAUCACCGAGCCAUCUGCAGAAGUAGACCAAGAUACUAGUGCACAGGAGGUCGCGGUUGAAAGCACGCCGGAGAUCGGAAAUGAUACUGCGGCAGAAGUCGCCAACGGUGCUCCGCUUGCGAUUGAAAAGAAAAAGAACAAGAAGAAUAAGAAAAAGGGCAAGAAGUAG